AUGGCGGACUAUCUUUAUGAACUUCUGGCGCCGCAUUUGGCUUCCACAAAUACCUCCCCCACCCCACUGAACCCUGAAAAGGAUACAACCACUGCCCAAUACCUCAACCGGCUGCCCACCCUCUCACUCCAGGCAUUGCAAGAAACGGAACCACAGUCACUCGCGCAGUCAUCUCAUUCAAAUAUCCUAUCGCUUCAAGCUUUAUCAAACCGCUCCCAUAAAACCUUCAUCUCUUCCGCCGACAACCUCGCAGGUCUACGGAACUCAAUCCCCCAGUUGUCUCGAGACGCACAGCAAUUACGGGAUGCGAUUCCAAAGCUUGAUGAAGUGGCAGUCCUAUUCUCGUCGAAAUACAGUCGAGCUGCUGAGAAUGCCGCGCUGGAGAAGCGGAAGAAAGUAAUGCAACUGGCAAGGAACGUUGACCGAUUGUCGGACAUUCUGGAAUUGCCAACGUUGCUCUCAACUGCCGUAUCUUCAGCGGCCGCAGGUUCCGGGGCUGCAGGUGGUUCAUCUUCCACGACAUAUUCAGCGGCAUUAGACGUGUAUGCGCAUAUCAAGAGAUUACAAACUCUAUAUCCGGAUUCUCCUCUAGUCAGAGAUGUCUCCGCUCAAGCCGAGGACGCCAUGAAGGAUAUGACUACGCAUCUGAUAACCGGUCUUCGGGCUCAAAACCUCCGACUAGCAGCUGCUAUGAGGACCGUGAGUUGGCUGCGGCGAGUUGCUCCCGAAUUGGAGAAUCUCCGUAGCGACGGAGGAUCUGGGACAGGAGAAGGCGCCCUUGGUGCCCUAUUCUUGAUUUGUAGAUUGGCGAAUCUGGUGGCAACGCUCGAAGCGCUAGAACCCUUGCGAGAGCUCGCGGAACAAGAAUCGCACCGCAGAAACCAAAGUACGGAAAAAAAGCCCGGUUCCUGGUCUGAUGGACACCAAACAGAGAAGUUCUUAAAACGCUAUAUUGAGAUUUUCCGUGAACAGAGUUUCGCUAUUGUUUCCUUGUACAAGAACAUCUUUACCCCUAACCAGUCCGAGUCGGAACUAGCAGUGACAAGACUGCGAGGAAUUGACGCGCGAAUUAAAUCAACAGCACCGCGACCCGCUCAGCAAGAAGAUCCACUACAGCACCUUCCACCAGCACUUGCAACGUUUCCCCUGCAUCUGGUUCAAUUACUAACAGACACCUUGCGGGCAUAUCUUCCGAAUGUGCGGGACAAGAGCUCGCGUGAAAGUCUUCUCACCCAAGUUCUAUACUGCGCCGCCAGUCUAGGACGAUUGGGUGGAGAUUUUGGAAUGAUUCUUACAGAACUGAGUGAUAUGGGAGACGAAGACGAAGACGAUAUGGCCUAUGAGUGGGAGGAGGUGACAAGAAAGCACCGAGCCCUGGCAGGGCGCCUGGAGCAGCUCACCGGAGGGAAUGCAGCAUCCGGGUCUUCCAAGGGGACCUUACGGGCGGCCUCACCUGUCCAAGGGCUUGGAAUUGCAUGAGAGGAAGUUUGUCCCUGUUCAUCUGA